AUAUAAUGAGGUUGAAGAAGACUUGCGCGAGUAAGAAAAUCAAGAAAAUCAAUAUCCAUGGCCUUACACUAUUGUUCUUUUCCAAAACAUCAAACUUUCCCCAAGUUUUUAGUAUGCCCACAACUUCAUCACAUGUUUCAGUUCGAUAAGCAUCUGUAAAAAAAAUGGGGUUUUUGAGCUUCGCUUUGUUUAUGCUGCUGCUAUUAUGCGUUCUUGAAUUUGUUUCUGCCCAACCAAAAACUGAACCCCUUGAAGUGGAUGCUAUGAACAAGAUAAUUGAUCAUUGGAAUCUAAGAAGAAAGGUGAAUUUAAAUAUUGACCCCUGCAUCCAAAAUGCUAGCUGGGCACCUGAAACUGCUAAUCCAAGAAUUGCCUGUGAUUGUUCUGCUACUGUUUGCCAUAUAACCCACUUGAAAAUAUAUGCCUUGGAUAUCUAUGGUGAAAUUCCUCAAGAACUGUUUUUGCUUACUGAAUUGAUGGAUUUGAAUUUGGACCAGAAUGUGUUGAAUGGAUCGAUCCCACCUGCAAUUGGGCAGUUGUCGAAAAUGCAGUACUUGGGUCUUGGCAUCAACAAUCUCACAGGUCCAGUGCCUGCAGAGCUUGGUAAUCUAACCAAGAUGAUCUCUUUAAGUUUUAGCUCUAACAAUUUUAAAGGAACCUUGCCUCCAGAACUAGGAAAUCUAACCUCCUUACAGCAGCUGUACAUCGAUAGCAGUGGAUUGACUGGACCCAUUCCACAAGAAUUAUCGAAUUUGAAAUCCCUCCAAACACUAUGGGCAUCUGAUAAUGGUUUCACCGGAAAGAUUCCAGACUUCUUGGGAACUUUUACUCAACUCAAAGUCCUGAGACUCGAAGGAACAAAUCUUGAAGGCCCAAUUCCGAGCAGCUUUGGUUCUCUAACAAAACUCGAAGACUUGAGAAUCGGUGACGUUGGUGGAAGUGACACUUCUCUGGAUUUCUUAGAGAAUUUGACUAGUCUUUCCAUAUUAUCAUUGAGAAACUGUCGAAUUAGUGGUCAAAUUCCAGAACAUCUAACCACUUUACCCAACCUUAAAAUCUUGGAUUUGAGCUUCAACAAGCUGACAGGUCCAAUUCCAGCUUCAUUCAGAAACUCUGCUUCGUUACAGUAUCUAUAUCUUGGGAGCAAUAACCUAAACGGAGAUCUACCUACCGACAUCAUAGGUUCAGCACUCAUUGCCUUAGAUGUCUCGUUCAAUCCUCUCACGGGAAACAUCCCUACGUACCGAAAAGAUAUAUCUGUAAAUGUAGUUGGGACUUCCAUUAACGAUGUCAACUUAGACAACGAAAAGGCAUCCCAAAUGUUGCAUUGCCUUCAAGGCAAUAAUACCAACUGCAGAACUAAAAAUCCAUCAACUUCGUUUUCGGUCAACUGUGGAGGUGUGGAAAAAGUGUCUGCAGAUGGCAUUAAAUAUGACGAUGAUUCAGAAAUGAUGGGAGCUGCCUCGUUGUACACGAGCACUAACAACCAAUGGGCAGUAAGCAGUUACGGAAUAUUCAUUUCAAAUCCAAGCGGGCCCCGUUAUAUUGCUCAGACGGACUCUCAAAUCACCAACACAUUAGAUUCCGAACUGUAUAAAACAGCUAGGGUAUCACCAAACUCGUUGAGAUACUACGGCCUAGGUUUGGAAAACGGAGUGUACAGAAUCGAGCUUCAUUUUGCCGAGAUACAAAUGGAUGAUGAUUCUACUCCUUCUUGGAAAGGUCUUGCCCGACGACUCUUCGAUGUCUACAUUCAGGGUGAAAGAGUUAUUGAAGAUUUCAAUAUACUAAACGAAGCUGGGGGAUCGAAGAAGGCUCUGAUCAAGACUUUCGAGGCAAACGUCACGAAUACUGUGAUCGACAUUCAUUUAUUCUGGGCUGGAAAAGGGACUUGUUGCAUUCCACUGCAAAGCACGUAUGGCCCUUUAGUAUCGGCGAUUCAUGUUUCUCAAGUGUCUGAGUUUAAGGUUUCAUCAUCGGAGAGUGACAGGAAGCGUGUCGGAAGAAUAGCGGGGAUUGUGAUUGGAUGUGUGGCAGUAUUUGUGGUAAUAGGUUCUGUUGUAUACCUUUGGCGGGCAAAGAAAGAGCCUGCUCAUAUGAGAGUUCACAAUGAAUCUCCAAGGAAAGAUUGAUUAUUAUUAAUCAUGAUUGUUUGGUUUUCUUGAUUGUUUGUUGUCUGUGUCAAAUAUAUGCAUGAAGAAUUGUAAUAAUUAUUAAUGAAUAAUUAGUACAAAUUACAACCUGUAAGCCGCUGGCAGUUUGGUUAAUGUAUCUUAAUCCUUCAAUUAUUGGUGUUGAAUCUGAUGACGUGUCAUCAAUUUAAUUUGGAGUGGUUGACCUCA